ACCAGUCAAGAACAGCAGAAAACCAACUCACACAUACUUGCUCCCAGUGCUGAGGAGCAACAUAUCAACAAGAAGUGCAGAAACAAUGAGACCAGGGGCAGGUUUCAAUGCGACGGCGGCAGCAACGAAGGCUGCGGUAGCCCCUCUGGCCGCCGGCGCCGCGCACUCCGCGUGGCACUCGCCGGUGCCGUACCUCUUCGGUGGCCUGGCCGCGAUGCUCGGACUCAUCGCCUUCGCCCUUCUCAUCCUCGCCUGCUCGUACUGGAAGCUGUCCGGGUACCUGGAGGGCAGCGCCGGCCGCGGCCACGACGAAGGUUCCGCCACCGACGGCGCCAAGCUGGUGGCCUCGGACCAGGCGCCAGCAGCGUGGGAGGAGAAAGUACUGGUGGUCAUGGCCGGGGACGUGGAGCCGACGUACCUGGCCACGCCCAUGUCAAGCAGAGACCGUAGCAGCAAGGGAGAAGAGGAGGAGAAGAAGGUGUCUGUGGUCGCCAUGGCUAGCAUCAAGGAUGCUGGUAAUGGUGAGCACAGUCGGAACCAGAUGGAGAGCGUAACCCCGAGCCAUGUUUUUCGUGGGGUUCUUCAAUUUUUGCAAUGACCAACUGGACUAGAUCAGCAAUCAAGGUUAUGUUUUGUGGAAUUACGGCAUGAGAAAUGCAGGUUUUGAUAAGCUUUUUGUCACCUGAGAAAUAGUUGGUGCUCUGUUUCCUUUCCUUUUGUUUUCUUGCUCUGAGUAAUGGAAAUGAGCAUAUUUUUCUUCUUUCUCCCCAUGCUCUCUAUCGUGGCCAAUAGGCCCCGUGUGUGUGUGGAGGAAUCAGCAGGUAGGGCACACACAUGGCAUGUACUACGUAUGAGUAAACCAAAGGCAAAGU